AAAAAAAAGAAAUAAGAAUCUAUAUUUAACAUUUAUCCUUCCAUUCAUUAAAAAAAUAACUCUUCGAUUACUUUUUUUUCUUUUGAAUAUGUAUAUUAAGAUUUUCGCCAUUACAACGGCUCUUCUUCAGGUUGCUAGCUUUGCUCAAGCUGACACUACUAAUAAAUUGGAUAGUUCUACAGUUACAGCCCAAUUAUCAAAGCCUCAAGACUAUUGGAAGAAUUUCAAAUCCCUAGUUGAUCCUAACAAUAUUACUAUUCCUAGUAUUCCUCAAACUACUUCCACUGAUCCCAGUGUCCAAUGUACUUAUUAUCAACCUCCUCCCAAUUUUAUUUUCAAUCCUAGUGAAUGGCCUAAUCUAUGGGAAACUGCUACAUCGAAUGGUAUGAAUGAGACUGACGAGUUUAAAACUCUUUAUAACUCUAUUAAUUGGACCAGUGCUCCUAACAUCCCUGUUCGUAAAUUGAACCCGGAUGGCUCACUUGAUAUGACGGGCUAUGAUGAAACAACAGAUACUGACUGCUGGUGGUCUGCUACUACCUGCACUAAACCCAAACAUGAAAACGUGAAUGAAGAUAUUUACACCUGUUUUGAGCCUGAGACUUGGGGUCUUACUUAUGAUGAUGGCCCUAACUGUUCUCAUAAUGCCUUUUAUGAUUAUCUUGAAGCUCAACAAAUCAAGGCUACUAUGUUUUAUAUUGGUUCUAAUGUUGUUAAUUGGCCUUACGGUGCUCAGCGUGGUCAAAAGAACGGACAUCAUCUUGCUGAUCAUACUUGGUCUCAUAAAUUAAUGACCACUCUUACUAAUGCUGAAGUCUUGGCUGAACUUUACUAUACACAAAAGGCCAUCAAAAUGGUUACUGGCGUUACUCCCAAGUAUUGGCGUCCUGCUUUUGGUGAUGUUGAUGAUCGUGUUCGUUGGAUUGCAACUCAACUUGACUUGACUACUGUCCUUUGGAGUCUUGAUACUGAUGAUUGGGCUGCUGGUUAUUCCGAAAGUAUCGAUACCGUUAAAAGUACAUAUGAAAGCUACAUUCAAAUGGGUUUAAAUGGUACCUUCAAAAAUACUGGACAAAUUACUUUGACUCAUGAAAUUAACAACACUACUAUGAGUCUUGCUCUUGAAUUCCUACCUAAGAUUGAGGCUGCCUAUCAGCAUGUUAUUAACGUUGCUACAUGUUCCAAUAUUAGUUACCCUUAUGAAGAAACAACAGUCAAAUUCCCCACUUUCAAUGAAACUAUAUCUGGUGAAACCUCUAACACCACUAAUCCUACAGCUUCCUCUCCUUCAGCAACUAUUAAUAGUCAGAAUGGUCAUAUAACUUCAAAUGGUAUUCACAUUAAUCCUAAUAGUUUGGCUUUAGCUGCUUUUGCUCUUGCCGCUUAUCUUUUAUAAAUUGAAGAAUAAGUUUAUAACUCUUCCCUUUAUUUAUUUAUUUUUUUUUUCUUCUGACUCCUCUCCCUUUCUUAAUUUAUUUAUAAUUUUCAGGAGAUUUUCAGAUAAAUCCAAAUUUUAAAGUUUUAAAAUAAGUAAGAGUAUAAAGUAAAAUUGGAUCAUAUAAUCUCAUCUUAGAUAUCUGUAAU